UGUGGUGUUGCUUUUUGAGGUGCGUUUAUUUGGUCCGAUGGAUGGAUUAUUGCUAUAUAAGCUCAGUCGGUGCCUGCAGUCGAUCGAUUAUUCACCGCUGCUCUACAGUAACUAUUGUCCUCGACGGCAUCACAUCACACCAAUACCAACACCAACACCAACACCAACACCAGCACCAGCGCCGACCUGAUCGACUAAGACGCGUCGCAGCAGCAGCUUUCUUGACCCUUUAUUUUUUUUCUCUGUAUAUAUUUUUUUUGCUAGUCCAGCUUGGCUACAGCUUACCAGCACGCGCGCAUAAUCACAAUAUGGAGACUCAAUCGCCAGAAUCACCCCUCCUCUCUCUAGUCGAACAGAUCAAGCAGGCCGCGUUGCAGGAACAAACCCAAACCCUAGCCCCGGGCUCAAACCCCAGCACGUCCCCCGCACCGUCGCAUUUCCAGCUCCUCGGGCUGAUCGACAAGCUGCGUCUGGCGGUAGAGACUCCCACCGAGACGGUCCUGCGUCUGAUCUACCAGCCACCACAAAAUGCCGCCCUCCGCACGGUCAUGGACCUGGGCAUCUUCCCGCUAUUGAUGGCAAACGGGAAGCGCGGCGUCUCAGCCGUGGAGUUGGCGGAGAGGACGGGGGCUGAGAGGGGGCUUGUCGUGCGUCUGAUGCGGGUGAUCACCGCCCUGGGUCUCUGUGCGAGCCCCGAGUUCGAGCUCUACUUCGCCAACGACAAGACGCCCGUUUUGACCCAGCCCAUUGGUCGUGAUGGGAUUCCUUGCAUAUACGACCUCACCCUCCCCACCCUCUCCCAACUCCCCACCUACUUCCGGGAACACUCCUACCUAACGCCCAAGGAGUACUCCAAAUCGCCCAUGCAAUGGGCCGUGGGCCAGAGCCAGUUCGAGUGGCUGGCGGCGCACAAGCCCCGCCAGGCCCUCUUCAACUCGUACAUGGCCAGUCGGCGACACGGCAAGCCCGCCUGGUUCGACGUGUACCCUGUCGAGCGACUGACCGAUGGGGUGAGGGAGCAUCCCGAGGCGGUGUUCCUGGUUGAUGUGGGUGGAAACCAGGGCCAUGAUCUGGUGAGGUUCCAUGAUAGCUUCCCGGAUGUGAAGGGGCAGUUGGUGUUGCAGGAUUUGCCCAAGGUGGUGAAUAAGGCGCCUGUUGGGGAUGGGGAUGGGGGUCGUAUUGUGAGUAUGGGGUAUAGUUUUCUGGAUCCGCAGCCUGUUAAGGGCGCACGAGCAUACUACUUCCGCGCCAUCUUCCACGACUGGCCGGACCACAUCUGCCGAAAGAUCCUAGUGAAUACCGUCUCCGCCAUGGACCCGACGUACUCGCGCAUCAUCAUCUCCGACUUCGUCCUCCCGGACACUGACGUGCCGCUGUUCCAGGCCUCGCUGGACAUCCAGAUGAUGAGCAUCGGGUCCGGCGUCGAGCGGUCGGAGCGGCAGUGGCGCGAGAUGCUGGACGAGGCCGGAUUGGAGAUUACGGGGAUUUGGUGUGAUAAUCCCGGGAUGGAGUCUGUUAUUGAGGCUGUCAGGAGAGGGUCGGCUGCUACUGCUGCUGCUGCUGCUGCUGCUGCUUAGGGCGAGUGGGAUUUGGUUUGGUUUGGUUUGGUUUGGGGUUGCCUUCUGGUUAGUUGGAUUCAGUUUUCUUCUCUGGUUGCCUUGGUGCGC